UUCGUGCAAUGUGCCUGUGAUACUGGGAGGAGAAUGAAUGGUCAUGUAAAGAGUAUGCAACGGUUUAUGGAACAAGCAACAACUUUACUCUCUCUCCUGCUGGUUAUGGCUGUUGAUUCAACAAGAACUGUGGCAGCAAGCAGAAACCAGCAGUGUGGGAAUUAUCUGCAAUCGAGUCUGAAGCUGAGCAGACUCUUACAGAAGGAAUCUGUCGACCUAAUCAAAACAUAUAAAGCCUCUCAAGGAGAAAUGUCAGAGCUCUUCUGCAAGGUGUCUGUAAGCAACGUCCCCGACCCCAACAUCUCCGGUCUGGAGCCCUCAGAGAAGAUAGCAAGCAUCUACAGUCACCUUGAGGACUUCUUCCCACAUUUUAAAUGGGUGUACGAGCAGCAGACAGACUUACAGUUACCCACAAACCCGCUGCUGAAUGACCUAAAACGGUUCAGCGCUGGCAGCAGGAACCUGGCUGAUAUCAUAACCAUCUUCUAUCAGAGCCUCUUCCCAAACCUGCCUUUACCAGCAGGAGGACCGACAACACUACCUCCACCUCAGAACGUCUUCCAGCAGAAGGUCUACGGCUGCGUGGUGCUGAAGACCUUCAAGGAGCUCCUGUCAAAUGUUUCCCGAGAACUGAGGAGUCUAAAAAGCCAAGUGUGCAGAAGGAGGAUACAAACCAACACAAUGUUCUGAGGAUGGCCUUAGACCGCCAGUUUAACAACACAAAAAAGACUUUAAAAGAAAAGGGAGUUUGAGGGUGGCUGGUACAUCAAUGUAAUGAAGCCUAUUUAUGGUAUUUAUUAUUUAUUUUCUUGUUUCUGAUGAGAGAAAUGCUGAGUGUAAAGGUAUCUCUAUGCAAUUUAUGUUUAUUUAAUUUGUUUAAUAUGUUAUGUAAGUUUAUUCUUUGCUGUUUGGCUGUAUACAGAAUUAUUAAGUGAUGCUUUGCAGCUGUACUUUACUAUGUUUUCUCACUGUGGUUCUAUAAAUAUUUACAAUUUCAGAAACAA